AUGGCUAACUUUCUCGCGUCUAUCUUCGGCACGGAACAGGACAAGGUCAAUUGCUCCUUUUACUACAAAAUUGGCGCAUGUCGCCACGGUGAUCGCUGCUCCCGCAAGCAUGUCAAGCCGUCCUACAGUCAGACGAUCCUCAUGCCCAAUUUGUACCAAAAUCCUGCGAACGUUUCCAACGGCAUGAACGCCUCUCAGCUGCAAAACCACUUCGAUGCUUUCUACGAGGACAUUUGGUGCGAGCUUUGCAAGUACGGCGAGCUGGAGGAGCUUGUCGUUUGCGACAACAAUAACGACCAUCUCGUUGGGAAUGUCUAUGCCCGCUUCAAGUACGAGGAGAGCGCCGCUUCUGCUUGCGACGCCUUGAAUGGCCGUUGGUACGCUGCUCGGCCUAUAUAUUGCGAGCUAUCUCCUGUCACCGACUUCAGAGAAGCCUGUUGUCGACUCAAUUCAGGCGAGGGCUGUGUCCGCGGCGGAUAUUGUAACUUUAUACACCGCAAAAAUCCGAGCGAAGAGCUCGACAAUGAGCUGCAGUUGGCCACGAAGAAGUGGCUGAAACUGCGCGGCCGCGAUGAGCGAAGCGUCAGCCGGUCGCCCUCUCCAGAACCCACCCGUCGGCGAUAUUGA